AUGAGAACGACCGAUACCAUGGCUAAACAUAUAGUGGACAUGGCCUUGCAGCGGCUCUGUGGUGUGAGUGUACAGCACUGUGUGGGCGUAUGGGACUUCCACGGCAUCGAAGUACUCAUCCGUCCCCCUAUAUUGGUGCCUCGACCAGAGACAGAGGAGCUGGUGGACUGGAUUUUGGAUUCGUACAGACCCGAUUUAGCGAAGAAUACGCCGUUCCGAUUCCUUGAUAUUGGCGCUGGCAGCGGAUGUAUAGGCUUGGCCCUAUUGAAAGCGUCGAACCAACACCGCGCGUGGGGUAAGGCUAUCAUAGCACGCGCGAUUGAUAUCAACCCUGUAGCGGUUGCCAUGGCAACGGAGAAUGCGCAACGAUUGGGCCUAGACGGACCGUAUACGUGCACACAGAUGAGUGUGGAUGAUAUCGGCACCGAUAUGGCAACCGCAGAGGUCGAGGUGAACAAUCCCAUACACACGGGUGUUCAGGAGACGGGCGCGGCUAGAGCUGGUACACCUUGUUCAAGCGACCAUUGUGUCGGUGUGUCCAGUGACAGGUCAAUACAUAUGCCUGCCUACCAACGGUCAAUACAUAUGCCUACCUACCAACACGUGGCGAAUGAGGAGAAUCACUCAGCCGAUGAAUGCGACCGCCCACUAAACGACCCGUCUCAGCGGCAGACGGUGGACCUCCAGAGAACCCAAGGAGCCAAGCACAUGGCCUGUAACCCGUCUUACGCUAGAAACACCCAACACACUGUGCAGACAUCGGACAAGGACCGGGUAUCAGCGGGUGGGGAUGUUAGCUUCAGCCCGGAAUUGUGUCCACCAGUAUUAACAACCACGACUCGGCAGGGUUUAUUGGCUGAUGAUAAACUUGGUUUGUUUCAUAUGGUGGUGAGUAACCCACCGUAUAUCCCGAUCGCUGACUACGAGGGGUUGGCUACUGAAGUUCGAGAUCACGAGGACUUUGGCGCGCUGAUUGCGGGCGAGGAUGGAUUGUCUGUGAUAAACCGCAUCCUUGACAAGGCAGAUGCGGGUUUAUUGCUGCUCUCGGGGGGUAGUCUGUAUAUGGAAGUGGACACAACACACCCUGCCCUGCUCAGUGAACGCCUGCAAAGCAUGCCCAGCCCUGAGUACGCAGUAGGCACGCUUGCGUAUACAGAACCACGCGAAGACUCAGAUAUAGGGUGUUUGGAGAAAUAUAAGGAUGUAGGGAGUAAUGGGAAUUCUAGCAAGAACACCCCUGGCACCGGUUUGGAAGUAGAGGUGAAUCUAAAAAUAGAAACUAGUAGCUGGCGUUGGCCCAAUUUGCGGUACGCAGAGACGAGACGAGAUAUAUAUGGGAACGAACGAUUUUGUCGUAUCAUAUACGGACCAGAUCUUAACGACGCACAGACGAUUGCGUCCAAAAAAUAA